AUGCCGGAUCUGACUCAAAGGCAGGUGAGCAAUUUCACAGGCGCAAACUACAGAGACGUACGCCGACUGGCUCAGCGCUCAGGCGAAUGGCGUGUUGAAACAGGGGCGGCGUGUGAGGUGUUUGCCAUCCCAGAGCCUCAGAACAGAAAUCUUCUCAAGCCCUCAGAAUGCUUCCUGCGGUUGACGGUGCACGGGAAACCCCGUAAUAUAGUAAGUGAGGUUGGACUCGUAAGCGAUGGGUGUUUGGUGAAGUGCG